AUACAAUUCAAAUAUAGUCUAUUUAUAAGUUUAAUUUCUAUUUUAUUCAAAAUUAUUUUGAUCAGUUCGUAUUUACCCCAGAAACAGGUAAACUUUAGAAGUAGCUUGUAAUUCACUGUAAAUUUUUAUUCAAAACCACAAGUUCAGCGAAUGGACUAUAUUUUCGUUACCUAAUUUCCUGCUGAUUAUAUAAUUUAUAACUGCAACAACCUUGACUCUUCGUUAAAAAUCACGAAAACGAAACAGACCGGUUCUGUUUCAUUCUCUGUGAUGCAAUGAAUCUAAUACCCAGAUAGCAAUCUACUCACUAUUACGUUUACCAACGACCAGUAAUGUAGACAUUAUGUAAUUAAUAUAAGUAGAAUAAAUACAUUGAUGUGAGAAUAACGAUGUCCCGAAAAAAUGUGAUAGCAGGGCCGAAAGUCGAGUAUCAAGAAUACAAAGGAAGCUUAGGAGAAUUUUAUUUCGAAAAUGCGGGCGAGUUUAAUAGCGACAUUUUUCAGGUGGACGCCGACACGAACGAACACGAAACCUUCGGAACCAUCAAAUCCAAAUCGGUGCGAUUGGCGAUAAAUUUGCAAAAACACGGCCUCACAUCGGACGGUUGCGUCGUCAUCUGCUCGAAUAACACCACCUACAGCUGCGUCCCGCACGUCGCGGCGCAAUUCCUCGGCGCCGCGACGGCCGCCCUGCAUCCCAAACAAUCCCAAAGCGAAUGGACGCAUUGCUUGGACGUCGUCCGGCCGUCGCACGUCUUCGUCGAAGAACGCGACGUCCUGAAGAUGGAGAAAAGCAUCGAAACUUUGAAAGAGAAGCCGAUGCUCGUCGUGUUCGGGGAAUCCCGGGAACAUCUCACCUACAAGGAUUUGGUGACGACGUCUGAUGAUGAUCGGGAGGCGACGUUUCGGCCUGUGGCGAAAAACUGCAAAGAUACGGCGGUUAUUUUGUUCAGCAGCGGUACUACCGGAGCUCCGAAAGGGAUGCGUUCGUCGCAUUAUAGCCUUAUUAAUAGAACUAUGCCUGGCCUACUCGACGCUCUACUGGAUAUCCGGCGUACUGCAAUUGGUGUGUGCUUCUACACCGGCGGCCGCAGGAUAAUCCCGCCCGUCGAGUUCGAUCCGGAGCGAAUGCUCCAAAUAAUCGAGCGGCACAAAGUGAACUACAUGUUCGUCAGUCCGGUCCUCAUGCGAUCGGUGAUUCCGCUGAAGAAAAUCGCCGAGAACUACGACACCUCCAGCCUGGUGUUCGUCGUCACCGUGGGAUCGAUCCUCCACGCCGACGAGGUGCUGGAAUUGCGAAGGAUCUUCCCGGGAACGGUGGUUACCCAAGCGUACGGAUCCAGCGAGACCACGACCCUCGGCACGGCUUUCGCGCUGCCGGAGGAUGGCCGGUGGCUCUCCAAAUUGGAGUCGGUGGGCAAGGUGACGGCCAACUGCGAGAUCAAAGUGAUCGACGUCGCGACGGGGGAGGCUCUGGGACCUCGCCAGACCGGCGAAAUAUACGUCAAAACCGCGCUACUGUUUAGCGGUUAUUGCCGCUCGAAUUCCACCGAUUACCUGGACGAUGAGGGUUUCUUCAAAACAGGGGACCUCGGCUACUACGACGAAGAUGAAUGCUUCUACAUCGUCGGGCGGCUGUCGGAGACGUUUAAAUCCCGCGACUAUUUCAUCAGGCCGAGCCACUUGGAGCACAUCCUUCGAGGGCAUCCCGACGUCCUGGAAGCCGGCGUGUUUUGCUCGCAGGACGGCCUUCCUGCGGCUUGCGUGACGUUAAAAGCGCGGGCGACGAGCACCGUCGAGGACAUCGAGGAUUAUUAUAAUGGAAUCGUCUCCGAUUGGGAAAGGCUCAGAGGGGGCCUUAAGAUCGUCAGCGAUAUACCUAUGACUUCUACGCAUAAAAUUCAGAGAUACAAAUUACCGGAAGUGUAUUCGAAGUCGUGAUAUUUGAUUUGUUUCGUUUAGUCAGUUGUUGAUUAAUUAUCCAUUUAGAAUAUUCCGUGUUGCUUGGUGGUUGGAAUUUUGAAGAAAAUGGACG